ACAAAAAAACGCUCCGGCCGUGCCCUCCGUCAGUACGGAUUUCGACUCGUCCCGGGCAAGUACCGAAAAUCAAAGUGUCCUCCCGUUUGUUCGUGCGUUCGGUCGGUCCGGUUCGUUUUGGGUGUGUGUGUCCUCACGGCGCGCGCGGCGAGGAACCACCGGGUCAUUUGGGAGGGGGACCUGGAACCCUAGACCGGGGACUCCGAGGAAUUCCGGAUCGAAGGAAGCGGUGGAAGGUUGGACCACUUGGUUUGGGAGGUUGGGUUUGUGAAAUCGUGAAGUGUUGCGGAUUUUGGGGAACCUCCCCGGAUAUUGAUGACCAUUUUGGCGGAAAGGAAGAAAUGAAGGGGCAAUUUCUUCCGAAAAGUGAGGGUGCGAAUCUCCUGGAAGCAACGGCGAAAGGAUGACAGUCGUGCCGUGAAUUGGUAAUCCGGAAGAUUCCUGGAUAUUAAAAGAAGGAUCCGGUACGCGCCUCUUCCUGAUUGGAUCAUGACGAUUAUCUGGGCUUGGUUCUGGGAAGAAGCUGUCAGCUUAGGCCAUUUAAGUCAAAAUAAAUAAAUCCUUUAAGAAAAAAAAAAAGCAGAGCAGACUUGGGAGGAAAUAAAUUUUUUUUUCUUCAACGUAGAACUACGUCCGACCCCUUUCUGCGACGACGACUUCUUGGAGGUUAUGUCUGACAGCGGACUGACAGUGCAGGCGAACGGAACGUGGUGCGGGAUUCCGGCGCCAACCAACAAGUGAAAAAUAACAACAGUUUCGCGCGCGGCAAAUAGAGCUGUGUUUGUGUUUUUUCCUCCUUUUGUGAUACCACGUGAAAAGGGGAGGAAAAAAAGAGGGGCGCGUUCAUAAACGACGUAACGGUUUGAGAAAUUGUGAGAUAAAAGUAAGUUUACAUCAAAAUGUAUGCAAUUUUACUGUGAAAAAGUGUUGGGUAAAUUUACAAGUUCAUAAAAGAGGAAAAUUCCCCACAAGAAGGUGGAAAAAUCGAAAUCAACUGUCUGGCCAGCAAGAAUUCGGAAACCAGGGCAGGUGAAGGAUUAAUCGAGAGCAACGGCGGUGGAGGCUGAAUUCGCCAACGAUCACCCACCCCAUCACGUGCACCGUGAACCCGGCCAACCCGUUCGGCCCAACGGCUUCCGGCGCCCCACCAUCGCUGCCCGGCAGCUCCAACUGCCGCCGCCGCCGCAACAUUGCCACCGGAGGCGGCACCAGCAGUAGCCGCCACCAUUCUGUCCGGUUCAACGUCCUGCACCUGCUACAGCUGCUUCGUCACCCGGGUGCACCGCGCAAGGGGAGGCCACGCCCGGGGCACGACCAUCCGGCGGACCACGACGCCCACUAGCCGGUCGGCGGUGCGCCGGAAGAAACGCCGAAGAAAAAAGUGACCGACCUCCAGAGAACCCUCGCCUCCCCCCGUCCGCUUUCCCCGUUAGGGCGGUGGCACACACGCGAUGGGCCACUACCAGGUGGCACCACCGGCCAUCACCAAUACUAGCGAGCAACUGACUGUGCGGGUGCAUGUGUGAGUGAAGGCGCGCAACAGAACAAUAGCCAGAACCAAAUGUGUAAAUAAGAAGAAACGUCAAAACGUCUGUGUUUGUGUGAAGAGCGCAAAGAGCGCAAGAAGCUGUCUCUUUCUCUCUCCCUCUCUUUCGGUUUCUCGGUGAAUGUUUUCAUUUCGUUCGUGUGGUAGUGUAACUGUAUUCGUCGGAUGUGUGUUUGGCUGCACGUACACAAACGCACUAUUUGUUUUUAAAAGCAAACCGAUUAAGUCCAACGCGCGCGCGGUCAUGGAAGGAGCCCGUGACCGGCAGGUGGAAGCGCAGGGGAUCCGACGAGAAGCCGGCGGCCAAAAUCGGAAUUUCGGAGUAAAACGGGUAUUUUAACACAUUGUGUGUUGGUGGUCAACGCCAACGGCAAUUGUAAGCAGCAGGAGUCGUCAAAAUCGUAAAAGAAAAUUAGGCGGUCACUUUAAAGUUAGUCGUACACAUACACACAAACAUACAUAACACACAUAUGUAAUACAUCUUCCCAUAAGCAUACUUAUAAACUCAUAUAUUAAAGAAAGCAUAUAACUUACGCACGCACCAGAAGUUGGCUGUUACUCUUGUUAGUGUUAGUGAAAGUCUAGUAUAUUCGUGUAAAGUAGUGAAAGAGAAGAGAAGAAAAAAAGUUGAGGUUAGUUAGGCGUAUGGGACCAGCAGCAACCGUUCAGAACAACACCACCUAGCGGGAAAUAGCCCAAAACACCGUUUCAAAAUGGAUUACUCAAUGGUGGCCGUGGCCGGCAACAUCUCGCAGGAGGACUUCCUGGCCAUUGUGGGCGGAAACGCGUCCCUUGGCGGGGUCCUCCACGGCGGGUCCGCCACAAACACCCUGAACGACACCCUCGGUGGAGUGCUGGCCACCGGCGGUGACAACCGGACGAUCUUCACCGGCUACCCGAGCGGGUACACGCUGCCCCACAUCAUUUUCGCUUCCAUCGUCGUAACCCUGCUGAUGAUCGUGAUCGUGGUCGGCAACAUGCUCGUAAUCAUCGCGAUCGCCACCGAAAAAGCGCUCAAAAACAUCCAAAACUGGUUCAUCGCGUCGCUCGCGGUCGCGGACUUCUUCCUCGGCCUGGUCAUCAUGCCGUUCUCGCUGGCCAACGAGCUGAUGGGCUACUGGAUCUUCGGCAACUGGUGGUGCGACAUCCACUCCGCCAUGGACGUGCUGCUCUGUACCUCGUCCAUCAUGAACCUGUGCCUGAUCUCGCUCGAUCGGUACUGGAGCAUCACGAAGGCGAUCGAGUAUCUGAAAACUCGGACGCCGGCCCGGGCCGCGUUCAUGAUCGCGGCGGUGUGGAUCAUGUCGGCGCUGGUGUGCAUACCGCCGCUGCUCGGCUGGAAGGCGCCCCGGCCGGAGGAGCACGUCGAGCUGCCGCAGUGUCAGGUGAGUGUCGCCUUCAACCACAACUCAUGUCACGUAAGCACUUUUCUCGAUAAACGUCAAAUACAAUUUUUGCGCGUCCGCGUCCCAGCAACACUAAACGCAUUGACAGGGGAGAACACUUUGUCAUGUCUUGGAAAAAAAACAAGGAAGAAGAAGCAGAAGAAGCGCCACUUCCGGUGGUUGUUUGACGUGGAUGUCAAUGUACAUCAUAGAUGAUGAUGAUGCGCCCGUUCCGGCUUUUCUUUGCGUGGUAAGAAAGUGACGAACGGAAUGUUUGACGCAGAAUUUUGAAGUUUGAAUGAUUGUGAAGUUUCAUCAGAUCAGAUCAGAAAUUUGAAAAGUUUUGGAAGUUCCAAAAGGGUUUUCUCAGUUUUGUAAUAAUAUUCCUUUUUUUCGGGGAAAUAUUUUCCCAAAAUAGUUUUAUUACAAAUAAAGUUUUUUUUUACUUUGUUUAAGAA